UUGUUGUUGCCACACUCGAAAUUCAUUGCCACACACAAUUUCCUCGGAAAAUUUUUCUCUCACGGAAAAAUGGCUGAAAUUGAUUGCAUUUCUCGUCUCGCCAACGUUUUGCGGGUCACACAGCCCGGAAAACUUGCCUACAAUCAAGAAAAGAUUGUGACAAGGACAAAAGGCACCGAAUCUCGUUCAGGUUUCACGACAAUUUGCACAGAAAUUGCCCGAGAAUCGCGCGACAAUGACUUGCUGCUUCCCAAAGACGCCGAAAUGCGCGUUCAAGUGCUCCAAUGGCUCGAUUAUUGUGCGUUAUUUGUCGUGCCCGCGAACGGCGAUAAACACACGACGACGCAACUUUUGAAGGAAUUGAACGAAUAUCUCAGCACGAAGAGCUAUUUGGUAGGACAGGAGUUGACAGUCGCAGAUAUUGCGGUAUUUUUCGCCAUCGAAGGCAUCGUGAGGAACUUGACGACAUACGACAAGGAAAAUUAUGUGCAUUUGUCACGUUGGUUCAAUCACUUGCAGCAACAACAAAAAAUCGCGUGUCAAGGUCAGGGAUCGCCAGUCAACUUUGCGACAAUUCACAUGCUCGGAUGGUCCAAGGGAACGCGAUUGUGAAUGAAAAACUGCAGAUUUGUACUUUUUCUGCUUAAUUUAAUGUAAAAAUGACUUUAUUUCACUCUCGCUUUGGAAAAAACCUACAUUUAUUGCUUGGCAUCCAUGAUUUUUUUUGUUAAAUAUUUUUUUUUCCUCAAAAUAAAUUAAAAACUAAUGUCAAAAGUAAA